GCGGCGGACAAGAACAAGGCCGCCGCGCCGAUCGCUCCGAUCGCACCAUGGAGGCCCUCCUCCAGGCCCAAUGGCCACGGCGAGCAUCUGCAAUCCCGGGGGCAGUUCUCAGGAACUACCCCGGGCACAGGUUUGUGGAGGGUUUGCGUGACGACAUCCGAGCCGUCGUGCUGAUCCAGCGUCCCGUCGAUCUGGAGGCGGCCGGAUCACUGGCCCUGCUGCAAGAGGAGCUUGCGGAGGGCUUCCGACGUGAACGACCGCGCCGCUCCAACGCGCCGACACCCAGGGCUGCUGUCCGGACAGCACCCCUGCCGCUGCCGGCCGCUCCUCCUCGAGGUGGGGGGCUGGCUGGAGCUGAAGAUCGGCAUGCCCUAGAGGCCGCGCGGCCCGCCCAGGACGCGGACAAGGUUGCUGCUCUACGCGCCUACCGGCGCGCUAAAGGCCUCUGCUUCACCUGGGGCGAACGUUGGGGGCGCGAUCACCACUACCCCGCCAAUGUUCCCCUCCAUGUCAUCGAGGAGCUGCUUCAAAUGCUGGAGACAGAGGACAGCAGCACCCUGCCCAUCGAGGAGCAACUAAGAGGAUGCUAACUGCGCAGCCAUCUCGUGCCAUGCGCUGGAGGGCACGGCUUCCCCAAAAGCGUUGCAGCUGCAAGGAUGGCUGGGCGACACCAAGGUGCUGCUGCUCGUCGAUUCGGGUAGCUCGUCUUCCUUCAUCAGACACGACUUGGUCCGGGGAGAGAUCCGGUCAGUCCCUCUCGCGCGCCGUCUCCGGGUGCGCGUAGCGGAUGGAGGGGAGCUGGCCUACACUCACGAGGUCCCGGACUGCCCGUGGUGGAGCCACGGUCAGGAAUUUCGCUGCAACCUGAAGGUUCUUCCACUACACAGCUACGACAUCAUCCUCGGCAUGGAUUGGCUAGAGAGCCACAACCCAAUGCAAGUUGACUGGGAAAAGAAAUAUGUCGAAUUCCAACACCAUAGGAGCCUCAUUCGCUUGCAAGGCCUACCCAGCAAUGACACUUGUGCUCCCCA